CUGAUUUUGACCCAAAUGAACAUAUGGAUGGAGUUAUUGCAGAAGAUGAUGCUGAAGACGACCAAGGUGAGCAACAUGGUGAUAUAACAGCUGCAGAAGAUGAACAACAAGCUGACUUGGCGGCUGAAGGAUCUCCAGUUGCACGUUCCUUGGAGGUGGAGAAGGACAUGGAGGGCAUGGAGUCAUCCAUGCCAAGCAGUAGCGAUGAAGGGUGCCGUAACUGCACUAUAAUGAACGAUAAAUUGGAGAAUAUGCAGAAAUCAUUGAACUCCAUGUUGGCCAGUGUGGACAGGAAAUGGGAGAUCCUCCGCCUGGAAACGAGGGAGAUGAGGGAAGCCAUAGAGGCUAUUUUAAAAUUGAACUUAAAUAAAGUAGGCUUCUCGAAUCCCUCAAUUGAAAAAGAAGAUAGGGAAGAAUUUGAAAAAAUGUUGCCUAUUCACAACCUGGAUGAGUUCAUUGGUCUGGAGGAGAAACUGAAAGAGGAGAGCCAAAGGAAUUUGUUGGUGGAUUUCUUACAAAGGAUAGGGGGAGGGAAUGUGGAGGACGCGGUUCGCAGAGCACUAGUCCGACUGGUUACUAAUGAAGUGGCCACAAACUUCAGCUGGGAAGGCAGAAAAGGGAAGAGGGCCUUAAACAGCCUUCUGAUUAUUAAAACCCUGGAGAAAGUUGUUGCUGCGUCGCAUACAGACUUUACCAGCAAGCUGUUUGAAAUACGGAUGAAGGAGUGGUUCCGGCAGUCUGGAACCAGAAUUUAUAAUCUAAAAAAAUCUACAAAAAAUAAUACGUUUCACUGAAUUUAUUAUUUAAAUAAAUAUGUAUUUUCAAGCUGUA